UGUAUAUCGACCGUCCACUUGGAUGUGAUUCUGAACUUGAGGAGGCAAAAUCACUUCUAGAGAUUGGUUCUCAUGCUACCUGUUUCAUGCUGGGAAUUCAUGGAGAUGGUGAUGAAAUAAACAAAUUUGUUGCGGAGCUCUAUAACAAGAUUAGGCCUCACUUUGUAACUGCAAGUUUUCUUUCCAAUAUCAGUGAGAAAACAAACGAAAGUGGUGGUGGCCUAGAACAUCUACAAGAAACUCUUCUUUCUGAGAUGGGAGAGGAGGUCAGGACUAAGAUUGGAAGCACAUUCAAAGGAUCCUCUGAAAUUAAACAAAGACUAGGCCAAAAAAGAGUUCUUCUGGUUUUGGAUGAUGUUGAUAAUAUACAACAACUGGAUUCACUAGCUAGAAGAAUGGAUUGGUUUGGUCCUGGUAGUAGGAUCAUUAUAACAACAAGAUAUGAAGAUGUGCUAGAUGAUCAUAUUUUGAACAAUUGUGUUGAGGUUAAGAAAUAUUGCAUCGCUGAAGGAAGUAGUUCUACUGUGAAGGAAGAAAAUGUAGUGGGAUUGGAGAAAGAUUUUGAAAUUGUGAUUAAUCAACUCAAGGAAGAAGAUUCUCCUGGGAAUGUUGUUUCCAUUGUUGGCAUGGGUGGGUUAGGCAAGACCACCCUUGCUCGAAAGAUCUACAAUAGCGAUGAGGUGAAGAUGUUAUUCCCUUGCCGUGCAUGGGCAACUGUUUCCAAGGAUUACAGUGGAAAGGAAGUUUUUAAGAGCCUUUUCAAGUGUCUGAAGCCGUCUGCAUCUAAAUUUGAAGAUUCAAGUAGUGAAGAGGAGCUAAAGCAGAAGGUGAAGAAAUGUCUGGAAGGAAAAAAGUACUUGGUAGUCCUUGAUGAUGUUUGGGACAGUAAAGCAUGGCGCACUAUAAAGAAUUGUUUCCCAGAAAACAACAAUGGUGGCAUGAUACUAGUAACUACUCGUAAUGAUCAGGUGGCUUAUGUUUCAGAGUCAAAGAAACCUCAUCACAAGCUUUCCUUUAUGGAUAAAGAAAGAAGUUGGGAACUGUUUCACAAGGAGGUUUUCUGCAGAAGAAAUUGUCCUCCUGAGCUAGAAUCUAUUGGCAGAUCAAUUGUUGAAACUUGCAAGGGUUUACCAAGAUAACGUGUAAUGAAUCAUGUAGGAUCCUAUGCCAGUAUAGUAACAUGUAAUGAAUCAUGCACUUGUUCGUUGUUCAUUUAUCAAGAUGUUGAACAUGUGUGGCCAGAUCAUAUUCCAGAAGAUUGCCAAGUUAAUGUGCUAUAUUUUCCAGAAUCGUUCACAAAAAUAAAUAGAACAGUAACAGAUGAGUAUUUGAAGGGGUUGGUCAAAAGCCUCAGGUUCUUGAAAACGGGCUUUUCUGAAUCAAAUGACUUAUGUAAAUUUCAGAGUUUAGAAACAUGUGAUAUGACCUAUGUUAUCAAUGGCCUAAGUAUUGGGGGCUUCAAGAAACUGAGACAUCUUCGUAGUGAA